CCUCGUGACUCUUCCAUGAGGAAUUUCGAUCAUUGCGUGUAGUGCCUUCGUAGUUUUCUUGUGCUUCCUCCUGUAGCUGUCUCUGUCUGCACGCAGGAAGCAGCCGCAAUACGGCCCGUUAUGGAUCCCUACCCGAUGGGGGUAUUAUGCAGACCGAGGAAGUCGUGCCUAGUGCUCGGUCUACGGGGGUAGAGUCCUCGCCAACGGACGACAGCUCGCAUCUGCAGCAGCAUCAUCCCCCGUUGCACCAUUCGACGCAGGUGCGAGGUCCGGUGUCACCGAAUUCUCUCCGCAUGGCUGUAAAGCAGGAACCAGCCCCGGAGGACGAGGAUGGGGACGAGGAGCAACGGACACUCUCGAGCGAGAGGGAUGCCGGUUCGUUCCUGAUGAAGACUCUGGAUGAUCUUCUUGACAGUCCUCAGGUGCAGGGUGAUGGGAUGCAGAUUCCCAUGAGCUUUGCCACGAUUCCCACUGCGCCGACACCGUUAGCACCACUGACGCCGCCGACGCCACCGACCCCGACUUCCGGAACGCAUGGUCAUCGGCAGAUCAAUGGCUUCGAGGAGAAUGCUCAACAGGUUCCCCAUGACAAUGGUGGCGGCAAACCCAGGCCCAGUCGCGGGCGCAGGAAGUCACGGUGGAAGUUGAAGUUUCAUCACCAGGCACUGCCACCGGAGUACCUUGAUCAUUACGAGGCAGCUCUUGCUCAGGAAGCCUUGAACGCGAGUCCAUCGUCCAUUCCUGAGUCGACAGCACCGAGUCCAGCACCCACGGCUUCGACUACGGCCUCAGCCUUCGCAUCAAUUUCCGUUUCCACCUCCACUCCUACUCCCAGUUCUAUCUCAACCUCGACGUCAACUUCAACGAAGACUUCGAGUCCUGUAGCCGAUGUUCACGGGUGGCUUCAGCGUAUCGCCACGAUGCAGCAGGAACUCUGCCCUAUUGUGCUGCAACAUCAAAAUCAAUCUCAGUCCCAUUCUCAUCAACACCAGCAACAUUAUCAGUCUGCCGAUACCUUACCAGCUGCUGCGUCCAGGAGGUCUGUCAUCACGUCGACCUCGCACUCCUAUCCGUCGCACCACAGCACCCAUCACUCUCAGCAUACAGCGCACUCGCAGCAGCAUCAUCAUCAGCAACACCAUCAGCAGCCGACUCCCAGGCCGCCAAUGAAGUAUUCUGAUCUGCCUUACAUGGGGGAGAUAACGCUGGACAAUAGUAAGCCGCGCCGAGGGCGAAAGCCGAAGAAAGCCGACAUCUGCCACCUCAUCUACAAGAACUACGGUACCAUAUUGCCGGGUACACCUGGUCACGAGGAGAAGAAGCAGCCGGUGAAGUCAAAGCCUGAGAGCCGUACGGAACAUCAUAAUCAUCCACAGGUGUCUUUUCAGCGGACGGAUAUUCAGAACAGGAUCAGCAGUCUCCUGGAGAAGCGUCUUACUCAGGAGUCCAGGAGAAACCUUGCCCUCGCGGAAAGCCUAAAAUUAUCGGAACAGGAUGAACCGCUCAAUCUCUGCAUUCGUGAUCUCAAUCAGCUCAAGAUACGAUUGUUACGCAAGCACGGAAACGUCUACGAGUCUGGUCAAGUAAAAAGCGAAGCCUCGAGCGACGCUGAAGAAGUCGAGUGCCUUGGCAGUUCAUCUUCGCCGCCUAUUCUGCUCGAUGUCCAGCGUUCCAGUGAUCCCCUUAUCUACGGAAAUCAUCAUCAUCAUCAUAAUCAUCACAAUAUACAUGGUCAUAAUCAGCAUGCAAAUAAUAACAACGCUAGCGAUAACAACAACAGCAAUAGCAGUAAUAACAACGAGGAGUGUACAGGAUUUCCUCAAAAUCCCGGUUUCGUCUACUGGCCCAACGCUGGUGUCUUUAUUCACCCAAUGGCGCUACAAUCACAGUUCCUCUAUUAUCAAAAAAUGGCACAAGCUGACAAACCUUUUGGUUGCGUCGAGCCAACGCCUAAAGAGCAGAAGAUCGUUCCCAAGUCGAUAUUCUCAAUGCUGGAUGGCGGAAAGAGUUCGGGUGCUCCAGUAGGUUCUGGAACGUUGGCACAGUUGUCGCCCUCUGGAACGACGCCAACAACAGGACAACCACAGCCGACGCCACCAGCAUCUCUGUCAGGUUCGUCGCCAAUAGCAGCACCGGAAUCACCAAGGCCGAAGAGGAACGCUCCUCUGGGUCAUCAAAGUCAGUCCCAGCCGACAAAACGGAAGCGUUCUGCCAUAUUUAUUCCGCCAAUGCCCACCGAGAAUAAUAACAAUCCAGCGACCGAGGUCAGCAUAUGCAAGUUCAAGUUCACGGGCGGCGCCAAGCCGAGUCUCCAGGAGAAGAAGAGUCUCUCCGUCGACUCCGGUGGUAACUUCAGGUACUACAGUGGCACCGGAGACAAGAGCAUGCGCGGUUACGAAUUCUUCCCACGUGAGUCUCUUCAGCAACCUGCUGGACAAGCUGGCUCCUCGGCUGGAGCUUUCCUUAGCGCAGCUGGAGAACGGAUACCAGCCCCAGUGACCGGCGCCUCCGUAGCAGCCGCAGCUGCAGCCGCGGCGGCGGUCGCUGCGUCCUGUCAACGUCCUCCGGCCAUACAAGAGGAUGGUCGACGGAAACGCAAGACCAGGAAGUCCUUGCAGCGUGAAAAGCUGGAACAGACUUUCAAAGAAAAAGGCUUCCUCAUUCAAACUCAACAGCUGGAAUCCGCAGAGGGUGCGACUUACUGCAAGUUCAGGCAACUGCGCAAGUUCACCAGGUACUUAUUCAGGAGCUGGAAGGACUAUCUUCCUGGCAAUGUGCGCGAGUUGACCGGAGCCUCGGAAGCGGAUGUUAUAGAGGCUGAUCCCGAGGUUGAGAACGAGGUCGAUCCCGAGUCCCCUAUCGUCGGCUCCCCUCUCUCGAGUUCCCUCGCCCCCAGCGAAUUGAUACCUGGACCAGAAUUACUCGAGGAGUCCCGAACUCUUUCCCUGACCCCUUAGGCUUAAUCCCUACGCUAAGUAAAAGAAUGUCUGGAAGCCGCAUUUAUUGCUUUCGUGCACGUCCGUCCACGUCGACUUCCGUCCCUCGGGGCGACGCAUUUACGUCACAAGAGGAUCGUCCUCGGGGCAGGGAGUCUGCCAUAUCGAAUUAGCUGGUGACGGUCGACAGCAUCACGUCCGAUGCUCAAACGCGCGUAAUCAGAUCGUCGUUGGUCUUGUGCGAGUCAACGUAGCUCUGUGCCAAAGAUGGGAGACUGGUAUGUACAUAGAGAAUAGCAGAGAAUGGAAGUGCGUGAGUGGUACCGAGCCGCGCGCAUCUAAUUAAUAGCGAUUGUGUUAACCAAAGAGUGCAUGUGUAAAAUAAAGAAGCGUGCUCGGCAAGUGGUACGAGUGAGACAGAGAGAGAGAGAGAGAGAGAGAGAGAGAGAGAGAGAGAGAGAGAGAGAGAGCGAGUGUAAUUUUUUAAAAUGACGUUAAUUAUUUAAUAUCGUCUAACGAAGUCUAGUCUUAUUUAUACUCUUGCGUGGAACGAGAAAUUAGAAGUGUAAAAAGAAAAACAGAAAGAAAAUUAAAGAAGCGAAUAACUGAACGCGUCGCGACGCACUUGGACGUCGUGCGCCACGACGCUUCCCUAAGUGCCUGUUCGAAGCGCGACCUCGUCGCGCGCAUAUGCUCACUGUAUAGAGGUCACAUGUUGUUUAUAGCUUGUAAUAAAACUAUAUUGUUAUUAACGA